UCAGCUGUGCAUUGUUUACAUUUGACUUGAUUCACGUGUUUAUAGUGUCGAUGUUUUGACCAAGAAACGGAAAUCAAAAUUACCUAUGUUCAACAUAGACAACCGAAACAUUGGUGCUGAAAAUGGCGAACGUCUGUACAGCAUCCUAGGAUUAUUGUCUAGACGCCCAAAUAUCGCUUGGAAAGGUGUGAGUUUUUACUUAGAGAGAUGUCCAUCUUGUUGGACAGUGGAAACACUGAAAACAAACCUCGAUUGUGUGCUACAGAUGGACACAAUAAUCUCCAAAUAAACCAGACAGUUAUAGGAUUUCUAUCCGAGUUCGUCUCAGUAGGCCUACAUCGUGUUCCCUACCCAGGUACUGGCGAAAGUGAAAACAAGGUAACCAGUGCGCACGACGAGGCCCUGAAGACUGUGGGGUACGGCCGACUGGAGAAACCAUGCACCGUCUACUAUAACAAUCCUUUUGAUCCAAGACUAACGUUUGAUGGACUUGGCCAUCUUUUAACUGCCACUGAUACAGUAACAGGUUCCUUGUCAAAGGAGCAGCUAGCACAGAACGUUUUCCUUGCUUUGGAAAACUCUGAUGUGGUGAUGGAUGAUUUGUUCAGUCAAAACCGGAACUUGUACCAGGCUCUGUGCAGCUCCACCGACUUGGGACUCAGUGUCGACCCGAAUAGGUACAAAUUGUUUCCAGAAAUAGACGGAAACGUUUCAGAGGAUGGAUCGGAAGACUGUAAGCGUAUGUUUGAAAAAAUAUGCAGUCACCCGAUCAAGGACCUUUGGACGCACACGCAGGAAGGAACAGAGAGGGUCACGUGCGAUACAGAUCGAAAGCCCGAUUCGCCCGACCAAACAGCUAAAAAGACCCAUACAGCAAACGAGCAUUGUCAGUGUGAAGCAGAAAAAAAUUCGCCCAAGACCCAUAAUCUCCCAGAAAAGAAUCCGCCCAAAAACAAGAUACGCUAUUCCUACAAAAGACUUGAGGGCAAGAAAAAGUCAAGCGUAGAACCAGACCAGAAUGCACUAUAUGACCUUAUUGAACGCGAUAUAGAACAGGUCCUGUCUGAGGAGUCGGACGAGGAAGACCGAGGGAGAAUAUCAGAUUCCAAGGUCACUCCUAUACAUUUGAUGACAGGCGACACUAUGACUGGAGCCAGACUUACAGCGGAACCAAAAUGUCCGAGAGAAGUUACACAAACAGGAGAAGAGGCUACAAAGACAGAGCCUACAUUGUCUGGUACCCGCAAUGCCCAACACAAAGAACCACAUUUCACCACGGCCGAGUUGAAGCACGGAGUGCGUCAAGUGCCUCUAGAUCCUUGUCAAAAUGACCCCGUCCAAACAACUACAACGAAUGAAACUGGAUCAGCUUAUAAAGAGGCAAAGAUCCAGGAAUUCAAGGAGGAGAUGGAAAAAAUUACUUCAAGGAAGGAUGUUCCAAAAACUCUCGUCGUUACGGGAGAUCCACACAUAACGACCCAAAAUAACGCCCCAUCGCAUAUGGAGUAUUCCGAAUUCUCUCUGGACUCGAUAGUAGCGAAGUCUGUGCUGAGGCCGAGCGUGCCAUCGUUUUACCCCGGUUUCAACAAGGGAGGCACAGCCGCCAUUGAGAAUGAGCACAUGUUUGUCAGGAAGACGCAGACGACCGCACACAACCGCGGUACUCGUCCGCCGCCAGGGAUCGGUCAGAAUACAUAUGGAGAUCAGAAUGGUGCACACAACGCUCAGGGACCUCCGAAUUGGGCAAAUACAUCAGCUGCUCCACAGACACAGAAUACGGGGCACGUGGCUACAGGGAACUUUCAAAAUCAUAACACAGCCGCAAUGCGCGACGCUACACAGAAGAUAGACUUCAGGUCAACAUUGAUCAACCCGCGACCAUGUCAUCAACCUGCAAAUGUGAAUAAGUUGCAACUGCAGCCAACUCAUGCGGCGACUGCCGCGUUGUUGAUGGCGAACUGCAUACAACAGUCCUCCGGGAAAGAUGCAGUGUGUAAUCAGCCGCAGCAACCUCUACAAAACAAGCCUCAUAACGAAUUCCUGCCCCCCAUCAGGCUUCAACAGUAUCAGCAGCAAUGCGGUCAUCUCGGUAUGCAGAAUCCGUACCCAGGACAUACAGCGAGGAAUCCACCACCCGGCUUCAACGAUACUACUUAUGCUCCCAUGCGGAAUCGUGAUCACCUAAAGGCGCCCUAUCGAUCGGAACCGGGCCACCCAAAACAUCACUUGCCUUUACAACAGCAUCUAGCCUUCAGGUUUUCGGCGGAGCAAAGCUUCCAACAUCAGCAACAGCAACAAACCAUCGGUGGUAGAUUCCCACAGCCCGCAGUCCAGAACGUGCAUCAACACCAUCUCGUCCAGCAGCAGCUGCAGCAGCAGCAACAACAGCAGCACCACAAUCAUCAACAGCAGCAACAACAACAGCAGCAUCAGCAGCAGCAGCAAAACCCACUUCAGUUACAACAACAGCAGCAACAGCAACAGCAACAGCAACAGCAACACCAUCAACACCCACAUCACCCGCAUCCCCCACUCCAUCCCCUCCAACCGCAACAGCACUUUCUUAAUCCCGAGGUUCCUCCGUUCCAGUACUUCAACAAGAUGCCACAACAAACGAAUGUGAACAUGCGUGCUAACUUGCACCUCAAUAUACAAGCGGAAAACACAAACCGUAAUAACGCUAACGUUGAUAGGUACGAGGAAAAUGCGAUACCGUUGAUAUCGUUCAACAGUUCCAGACUCGCUGAAGAUCCGACUGUAAAAGAUACGCCAGCAGAAGAUCCUGGAAUGAAAACUGAUACUCCAUCAAAUGAUAGUGUUCGGAUCAAACGCAUGUCUGUGAGUGCAGAGUGUAUACCGAGCCUCGUGAACGGCGACUGUAAUAGGGAGAGCUCCAAAGACAAACACAGGGUCUCCAAGUUCCGGUCACGGCGUUCAAAUCUUGUGCGAAUUUACCCUUCUUAA